AAAAACAAAAAGCAAAAUCCUGAAAGUACUGUGGUCUGAGGAGAGAUGGUGGACUCGCACCUCAGCCUCCGUGGGUCACAAAGCCAUCAGCUUUCUGGGGCCUACCUGCUGCCCUUUGAUGCCACCAGUUCUGAGUCUCAUGUGGAAGCAGUGGUGUUGGGCAUCAUUGUCAGUACUUCACACCUAAAGGGUGGAUGAGUACCCCAUGAGGCUCCAGAAGCUGGGGUCAAAGGUGCAGGCACUGGGGUAGCCUGGGGCAGCCUGGGGCUGACAGCCAGACGGUAGGUCAGGGAGGACUUCUUGGGGAACAGGAAGCAUUGGGAGUACUGUCUUCCUCCUUUCCUGGUAUCAGGUCUUUCUUUGCUAUAGUCUGAGCACCAUCUGAAUCCCUUAGUGGAGAACACCACUGCUAUGGUCUGAGCACCAUCUGAAUCCCUUACUGGAGAGAGACCCUCCAAAAGGACAGGCAGUGAGCCCGAAGCUCAUCUUGGGUGCCUUCGUGUGGGAGGGAAGGUGCAGGAUCCUGGCGGGCCAUUUCUUCCCUUAAGUCCCUGAGACCUUGGCUCCUGGCCUUUGCCCCCAGGCUGUUUACCCAUAGUGGGUCUGCAGUCUUACUUUCAGGGCCUCUUUGACCUUGUACAUACACAUAGCAAGGGCAAAUCUUAUGAAAAGAUUCCUUGUCUCUCUUCAUGGACAGUGCAGCCUCCUCCUCUGUUCAACGGCUUGACGGUAAGGUUGGAUGUCUCCAGCCAGAGCAGAUGGGAAACAGAGGUACUCAUAAGGCGACUCUCAAGCCAGAAAAAGUAUAAGGCAGGCAGGGGCGGGGGGCGGGGGGCAGCAGGAUUUUGGCAGCCCUGUAGAUCCAUCCCUGCCCUAAGCUUCUGGGGCCAGUCCUAUAAAAAGCUUAGCAUUUGGGCCCUGCUAGGACACCUUAGCCUCAUUUGGAGUUAGGGGUGGAGGAAAGCAGAGGGAGCUCCUGGAGAAAGCUACCCCUGUUACCAGUGUAGGCUUUUUCUUAUGGGAACAUGGCACAAGGGCAGUGUAGGGUUGCUGGCUAUGGAGUGGAGCCUGGAGAGCUGGGUGUGAGAACCUACAGAAAUGGUGGAAUUGCCAAACUGAGGGCUGGUGUUGGCAUACUGUUGGAGGGCCUGCUGGGUAUGGGGUACAACAGGAUAGUGCUCUAUCUUAACUGUGUGCAGCCCCACGUGUCUAGCCACUGGUGGUCUGCUUGUAGUAGAUGCACUGAUCACAGGGCUCUUUGCCCUUGACCAUAACCUGGCUGCUGUUGUAUCUGCCAUAUAACCUUCCUGUGGCAUCUGCACUAUGGCCCCUACUACCUCUGUGCUGCCAGCCCCAGGACCCUGCCUCUUCCCAUGCCAAAGCUGUGCCUUGCUGACUGCUGCCUGGCCUUUUUCCUUGAUCAUUUUUUUCUUGAUUUUCCUUGAAGUUGUGUCAGGGACCCAUGCAAGCAAGCCGGCUGCUGAGCUGGGCCAUAAAAUGUCAUGGUUCUAUUCUGGGCAAUUCAUAGGGCUCCAGAAGACUGGGUAGCUUGCCUCUGCUUCUUGUGGCAUUCUUGGUACAUUGGUGGGGCUACUGUCUCAUCCUGUGACAUAGAGCCACAGGUUCCCAGAGCAGGCACUAUGAGAGAACAGGAAAAGGUGAGGUAGGCCCUGACUCCAUUGAGGGAGCCAUCACCAGACCUGCAGGACUUGAUGGUAAUAGUGCUGUAAUAAAUCCGGUGCCAUCAGGUACAGAGGGGACAGUGGAUGUGGCAGGCACUGUGCUCAUCAAAGGCACCUUUUUUGUGGGCUAGGUAUCUGUAGCUGUGGACUCAGCAUAGGGGUGGUGUGGCUGAGGCUCUGCUUCUUGGUGCCUGUUUAUGGUACCACUGCACUACCUCAAUGCCUGCACCUGGCCUUGCCUGGGAUGGACAUCAGGCUGGAGUCAUGGGAGACAAGACAUAGGAAUGGACUUCGGUAUUGAUGCAGUGUGGCCCUGGGCAGAACCUGGAUGUGAUCAUCAUGUGGGACCCAGAUGUAGGCCCAGAAAUGGCACUUGGUCAUUAGUGGGAUAUGACCACAAUGCAGAACACAGAACAUGGAUAGACUGCAGUCAUGGAUAUCCUGCCUCGUUCUUGAAGGUCCACAAGUAUUAGUGACCCCAAAGCCUAAAGAGCUUGAGUUCCAAUCCCAAAUUUGGGGAUCUUCUCACCAUCACAGCAGCUCCAGUUCCACAAAGAAAACAGUUCUCCUUUAGCCUGAUUCUCAGCAGGUCCUAGAAGUCCAGUGAGACACUGGGGAGAUUCCGCCAAGCACAACAGGCCUCAUCAUGAACAUUGUAUCUCCUCUGCUCCACCCUUUUCUAACUUCAAUAAGAUACCUUGUCAAACACUUGCAGAUGGAUUUCCAGGUCUAAUUUGCCUGUAGUUUUUUGUGACAUUUGCAUGCUUUGGUAAGGGAGGGUACGUAUGUCAGGAGAUUUUUAAAAGAAGUCAUUACAGAACACCGUUGAGGUCCUUCUUCAGCCCAAAUACCUCCUAGCCGGGUGUGUCUAGGUGGGCGCCUGAAAAGUGCCGGACUUAGGGAGACCCUCUAUCUGCCAUUCUACACACUAUCUGUGCUGGAGUCUUGACAGGUUUCUCCGGAGUUCGGUCCCCUGCCCCCCAGCUGUUUCCAUGACAACUCCAAAGCUGUGACGUCAGAAACGCGAUCGAACUCGCAGUUGCUCCCAACAACGGAAAUGGGAUGGUCCCAAGCUUUCCUGCUUCUGUGCUGAACACCUUCUCAGCCAUGGCGGCUCUGGACUCGCUCUCGCUCUUCACCGGCCUUGGCCUGAGCGAGCAUAAGGCCCGGGAGACGCUCAAGAACACGGCUCUGAGUGCGCAGCUGCGCGAGGCGGCGACCCAGGCGCAGCAGACUCUGGGCUCCACUAUUGACAAAGCUACCGGGACCCUGCUAUAUGGCUUGGCAUCCCGACUCAGGGAUCCCCGGCGUCUUUCUUUCCUUGUGAGCUACAUAGCCAAUAAGAAGAUCCACACCGAGCUCCAGCUGAGCGCCGCCCUUGAGUAUGUGCGACGCCAUCCCCUGGACCCCAUCAACACGGAGGACUUUGAGCAGGAAUGUGGUGUGGGUGUCAUGGUGACCCCAGAGCAGAUUGAAGAGGCUGUGGAGGCUGCCAUAAAUCGUCACCGGCCCCAGCUCCUGGAGGAGCGUUAUCGUUUCAACAUGGGACUGCUGAUGGGAGAGGCUCGAGCUAUGCUCAAGUGGGCAGAUGGCAAAAUGAUCAAGCACGAAGUGGACAUGCAGGUUCUUCACCUUCUCGGUCCCAAAACAGAGACUGAUCUGGAGAAGAAACCCAAGUUGUCAAAAGCUCGGCCAGAAGAGAAAGACCGGAGGACAGCAAAGGACAUGAUGGAGAAUGGUGAGGCUGCUGACCAGGCCCUCUCUCUGAUGGAGCAGCUCCGAGGGGAGGCACUUAAGUUCCACAAACCUGGUGAGAACUAUAAGACCCCAGGCUAUGUUACCACUCCACAUACCAUGGACUUACUGAAGCAGCACCUGGAGAUCACUGGAGGACAGGUACGGACCCGGUUCCCGCCGGAACCCAAUGGAAUCCUACACAUAGGACAUGCCAAAGCCAUCAACUUCAACUUUGGCUAUGCCAAGGCCAACAAUGGGAUCUGUUUUCUACGCUUUGAUGACACCAACCCUGAGAAGGAGGAAGCAAAGUUCUUCACUGCCAUCUACGACAUGGUGGCCUGGCUGGGUUACAGUCCUUACAAGGUUACAUAUGCCUCUGAUUACUUUGACCAGCUGUAUGCCUGGGCCGUGGAGCUCAUCCAUAGGGGCCAGGCCUAUGUGUGCCACCAGCGAGGAGAGGAGCUCAAAGGCCAUAACUCAUUGCCCUCACCCUGGAGAGACCGUCCUGUAGAGGAGUCACUGCUGCUCUUUGAGGCAAUGCGCAAGGGCAAGUUUGCAGAGGGUGAGGCCACGCUGCGAAUGAAGUUGGUGAUGGAGGAUGGCAAGAUGGACCCUGUGGCCUAUCGAGUCAAGUAUACACCACACCAUCGCACGGGGGACACCUGGUGCAUCUAUCCCACCUAUGACUACACACACUGCCUCUGUGACUCCAUCGAGCACAUCACCCAUUCACUCUGCACCAAGGAAUUCCAGGCCCGACGCUCUUCCUACUUCUGGCUGUGCAAUGCUUUGGAUGUCUAUUGCCCUGUUCAGUGGGAGUACGGCCGUCUCAACCUUCACUAUGCUGUUGUGUCCAAGAGGAAGAUUCUCCAGCUUGUGGCAGCUGGUGCUGUGCGGGACUGGGAUGACCCACGGCUCUUCACACUCACAGCCUUACGACGGCGGGGCUUUCCACCUGAGGCCAUCAACAACUUUUGUGCUCGGGUGGGGGUGACAGUGGCACAGACCACAAUGGAACCCCAUCUGUUAGAGGCCUGCGUGCGUGAUGUGCUGAAUGACACAGCCCCCCGAGCCAUGGCUGUGCUGGAGCCAUUACAGGUCAUCAUCACCAACUUUCCUGCUAACAAGUCCUUAGAAAUCCAGGUUCCCAACUUUCCAGCUGAUGAGACCAAGGGCUUCCAUCAGGUUCCCUUUGGACCCAUGGUCUUCAUUGAAAGGACUGACUUCAAAGAAGAGCCAGAGCCAGGCUAUAAGCGCCUGGCAUGGGGCCAGUCUGUGGGCCUAAGGCAUACAGGCUACAUCAUCGAGCUGCAGAAUGUUGUCAAGGGCCCCAGUGGCUGUGUAGAGAGCCUGGAGGUGACCUGUAGACGGGCGGAUGCUGGAGAAAAGCCCAAGGCCUUUAUUCACUGGGUGUCCCAGCCUCUGACUUGUGAGAUUCGCCUUUAUGAGAGACUAUUUCAGCACAAGAACCCUGAGGAUCCUGCUGAGGUGCCUGGUGGAUUCUUAAGUGACCUGAACCCGGCAUCGCUACAAGUGGUGGAGUCAGCGUUAGUGGACUGCUCUGUGGCCCUGGCAAAGCCCUUUGACAAGUUCCAGUUUGAGCGGCUUGGCUACUUCUCUGUGGAUCCAGACAGUGGCCAGGGACAGCUUGUCUUCAACCGGACUGUCACACUGAAGGAGGACCCAGGAAAGGUGUGAGCUGUAAGGAAGCCCCGUGGACCUACCUCAUGCUUCUGGAGGCCAAGGGUACCCAGACUCCAUGUCAAUAAAGAACAGCUAAAUCCCCUGGA